CCAAAACAUGACAACUCGCGAAGAUCCAGGCAUGACUGGGUGGAGUCUUGUUGGAAGCACUCUCCUAGUCCGAAGGUUCUCCCGCGACUCAAAACAUGAGGAUAAGGCCUGCUUUUUUGAGCCACGGACAAAAAUUGCGGCAUUCGAUCUGGACUCAACGCUUAUCAGUACAAGAUCAGGGGAGCUCUACGCAAGUGACGAACAAGACUGGAAAUGGUGGCAUAAAAGCGUUCCGAUGAAACUGGCUGAAUUGUACGACAACGAUUAUCAAAUCAUAAUUUUCACCAAUCAAGGGAGGUUGACGGAUGAGAACCGGCAGGAAGCUCCUGAGGCUCAAAUGUGGAAACGCAAGGUUGAUGUCUUGCUGAAUGUUUUGGAUAUCCCUCUCAUACUCUACGCAGCUUGUGCAAAUGACAAUUACCGAAAACCGAGGACUGGUAUGUGGGAAAAGAUGAAGGAGGAAUUCCAUAGUGUGGAACUUGAUCUCUCGUUCCUGGUAGGUGAUGCUGCAGGGCGGGAAUGUGACCACUCGGACGCGGAUAGACACUUUUGUCUCAAUAUUGGAAUCCCGUUCUUCACCCCGGAGAAGUUUUUUCUAGGUGCGCCUCUGGAGCCAAUGUCCGACAAGUUUAAUCCUGCGUGGUACCUUCCAACGCACACUGCACUUGCAACCAAGCGUAACAUAAAUCAUGGACCUAAACACCAAUCGCUUCUUGUUUUCGUGGGUGCUCCAGGUGCUGGAAAAACAACCUACUACCGGAAGACCUUGCAACCACUCGGCUAUGAGCGUAUUGGUUCUCAUCAAUUGGGGCUCGAAGAAAGGGUACAGCUAGCGUAUCAAGUUCUCGCCGAAGGAAAGUCGGUUGUCAUAGAUGACACCAAUACCACUGCUGCUGCCCGUAAGUUGUGGAUAUCAUUGGCUAGUAGAUUCAAAAUUAGAGUCUAUGCAAUCCAUUUCACAACACCGGCAGAUCUAUGCUUGCACAACGAUUCUGUACGAGCUCUUGGGGGUGAUCAGACGAAGGAAGAACAACGGAAGGUCUUCCCAAGGACGCGCUUCAAAGAUAUCAUCUCUCGGUUCAGUGAGCCACAGAAUACCGAGGGCUUUGAGGAGGUUGUCAAGUUGGACUUCGAGUGGCAUGGAAGUAGCGAAGAGCUCAGAAUCUGGAACAAGCACUGGAUAUAGCUUGUGCAUUAACGGGGAAUGGCUAUGAAAAUUUGCUUCGGGGAAUCAAUAUCAUCUAAGAAUUUAACUUCUUGUAUCAAGCGGGACGAGUAGGAGGAAG